UUCUCUUUCUCGUUUCAUUUCUGUGCCUCUACAUUCUUCUGCAGAUAGAAGCCAUGGAUAGGCUUCUAUCGUCGUCUUCUCCAACUCCUCUCAAGUUGAGUCUGAAGCCUUCGACUCUUCUCAUACGAACCUCUCGGUUUGACUGCUCUACUCGCAUUUUCUCCUCACCAAACCGUUGCCACUGUAGACGGGUCAAUUCCAUUUCUUGUAAACGCGAAAGCCCUCCUUCAUUACCGACUAACACCCCCUCUUUUGCUUCAUCCCAGCUACGCAAUAAUUUAAGGUCUCCUUCCUCUUCUGCAGCCCGUUUUUCCGACAGUCUGACGCCCAAAUCCCCAAUUCUCAAUCAGAUUAGGAAUGGAGCUUUUCAAAAACGAAAGGCUGUAGCUGCUCAGACGUUUGUAAUACUCUCUGCUCUUGUUAUGAUCUUACUCCAACCAACUUUUGCACCAUCAGCUAUGGCAGCAUUUCAUGCUACAUCAAAGACAGGUAGUCCUGCUGCUGCUGCGGUUGGUAGGAAACUAAUCCAAAGUGAGCUGCUAAGUAGUGCAUGGACCGGUUUCUUCACUGGUUGCUUGCACACGUUAUCAGGGCCUGACCACCUAGCGGCUUUGGCUCCACUGUCCAUUGGUCGUACCCGAAUGGAGAGUGCUGCUGUUGGAGCCCUGUGGGGUUGUGGCCACGAUGCUGGUCAGGUCAUCUUUGGCUUGAUAUUCUUAUUUCUGAAAGAUCGGCUUCACAUUGAGGUUAUCCGAACUUGGGGCACAAGGGUGGUUGGGCUUACCCUCCUUGUGAUUGGGGCUAUGGGAAUUAGGGAAGCUUCAGAAGUGCCUACCCCAUGCGUUGCCUUAGAAAAUGGUGAAUGUGACGUGAGUGCGUAUGAAGCACUUGAGAAUCCAACUGUAGGAAAGAAGAAAAUCGGGUUUGCUACUUUUGCUACUGGGAUAAUUCAUGGUCUGCAGCCCGAUGCAUUGAUGAUGGUCUUGCCUGCACUUGCUUUGCCUUCUCGCUUGGCAGGUGCUGCAUUUCUUAUCAUGUUCUUGCUUGGGACAGUAGUUGCAAUGGGAAGCUAUACAGUUUUCUUAGGUUCAUGUAGUCAGGCUCUAAAGGAUAAAGUACCUAGAAUAACUGAGAAACUCACUUGGGUUUCUUCCCUUGUUGCAAUAGCCCUGGGAUUUGCCAUCCUCAUUAGCCAGUUUUUUGGGUAUAGCCUUUAUUAAUGCAUCGUUUAAACAGUCUCUAUUUUUUGAAGCAUAUUAAUGGAGUCAAGAGAAAGCAAGGGAUCUGAGCGAUAUUGGAUAGUUUAGAGCAAGUCUAUUGUUCCCGCAGCAUCUGAGAUUGGUUGCUGCCAUGGUCUAUAUUGUCUCGGGUGUGUAUAACUUCGUCUACGUAGGUUCAAUGAACUCUUCUGCAUGUUUGCCUUUAAGUUCUUCUUACUUGCACAUAUUUCAUUUUUCAUCUUUUUUCUGUCCUGCUGUACACUCUCAGAAGAAUUAUGGCCCAACCUCAGGCCUUAAUAGCAAUAUGCAGAUGCUUAAAUA